AUUGUGUCCUUGGUUCAAGGUCUCCCUGACAUGCCGCGCUAUCCGCCUGACAGGUGGUUUGACUACAGUCCAUUUGGCGUACCGAUAAAAGGAACACGCUUUCUUCCACUAAAACUGCCAAUACCAUUAGAAAAGUCGUUUAAUAUCCCUCCUCAUUUGAGAUUUUCACUAAAUGAUCUGCUUGGACACGUCCAGUCGUGUAAUCAGUACCUGGCAUGCGUUAUAGACUUGACAUACACAAACUAUUACUCUACAAAGUUCCUACAUGAUAAUAAUAUAAGGUAUCACAAGAUAUACGUCGAAGGUCAUAAAAUCCCAGAUUCGAAAUCCGUCGCAAAAUUCUUUGACUUGGUGAAUGAGGAACGAAAACAGUGUCCAGAUGGCAUAAUAGCCGUACAUUGCACACAUGGCGUAAAUAGAACGGGUUACUUUAUAUGCAGAUAUCUCAUCGAUUAUAUGAAAUGGGAUCCUAAAGAUGCCCUACAAGAGUUUGAAUAUGCACGUGGUCAUCCCGUUGAAAGAGAGAACUACAUUGAAGAUUUAAUGUCUUCGGUUGUCAAAUCAGAAUCCAAAGCUGACGUUGAAGAAAACCAAACUGAAUAAAUAUGUACAAAACCAAUGCUUUCCGUUAUUAUCCCGUAAAUAUUGACUACUAAGAUUUUUUAGCAGUUAUGUGUAAUAUAAAAAUUCACGUGUUUUAUAAUGGGAAUACAAUUUAAAAAAUAAUCA